UGAGAACAAACUCAACAGUUGGUUACCAUCCCGAGUCAUUUUCUCUUUACUCAUUUACAACAUGUUAGAAAUCCAAAUCUUAAAAAUUCAGAUCUCUUAAAAAUCUAGACAAAAGAAGUUCAGCCUACCUCACAUUUGAACUUGAACCUUGUACUUUACUUUUGCAUUUGAGCCUACACCUGAAAUGUUUGUUCCAACGAUUAAUAAUAUAUGUAAAAUUCAUGGCUAUUUUUGAAAGUUACUAAGUCAUGUCUAAAUCUUGGAAAACACUUACACCCCGCUCCCGAGUUGUAGCAAACAAAAGAAAGAGAAGAGAAAAGAAAUAAGGAGAGAAAAGACGAGAAAAGAAAAAAAAAAUUCUCUUUUGUGCUUCCAAGUUGGAGAGAAAUAAAAGGAAAAUUAAACAUUUUGUUCUUUCUUUCCGAAUCCUCCCAAAUCGGAAGGAAAGUUAGGAGGGAAAAUGAUCAUUCCAUUUUCUUCCACUUCCUUCCUUUAAUGAAACUCGGGAGCAUGAUUCUCUCUUGUUUUCCUCUCAUUUCCUCCCGUUUCCUUUCUUAUUCUCUCCUUUAUACCUAUGGCACUUUAAAUCAAGUAAUAGAAAAGGGGAAAUCCCUUGUAGUUCCCGCCAAACAAAACGACGUCAUAUACGUUCGAGAUCCACUUUGCCUGCAAAAAAAACAAACGCAUAUCGAAAGCCAACCUCUGUCUCAUUGCGAUCAACUGAACGAAGAAAUCGAAGUUCAUUUCUCCAAGAUUCUCAUCUAAAUGGCACAAAAUCGGGAUUCGGAUCAUUGCAUAGGAUAUCCAUUGUACCUAAAAUCGCCAUGGAAACAUCUCCUCCCGCAUCAAAAUUCCGAUUCAGAGAUCACGGUGAUGAUAUGGAGAACGGAGAAUCUGUCGUCGAUGAUACAAGUUCUGAACCGUCUUCAGUCACCAGCGAUGAAGACUCCGACAUCGAGUCUGAUGAGCUUGCAUCAAUGACCGCCAAGGGGAUCAAUCAUCUAUGUUUAGAACUCAUAGAGUUGAAGCAAGCAUCAGAAGUUGAUUUCCAAGAUAACAUAAUCUCCAAUUACUUAUCCUUCAUCAGGGUUUUUAGAGAAACAAAAGGUAUAAACAAUGAGGUGAUGCAGUUGAAGUAUCAUCUGAUGUCCCAAAAACAGCUUGUUCAGAAUCUGAUGGAUGGUGCUUAUCUAAAGGCUGUAUCAGAUGAUCCAAUGGACACAGUCCUUGAGGAACACCCACUUGAUGAUCAAAACCCAACUACUUUUUUCAAGACUUGUGCUGAUGAGGUAUUAGAAACCCUAGACAACCUUCUGUUUGAGCAUAGAUUAGAAGAAGCAUUGGGGAUUUUUGAGAUAGAAGAUGGAAAUUCUCCAAAAGUGAAAUUACAAGAGGAUGUUUCACCAGAUGUCUGGAUGUGCUAUAAAUCUGACAUGGCUGAAAGGAGGGUGAAGCUUGCAGAUAAGCUAACACUGGUGGCUGACAACACAAGAAUCUCUGCUGCAGAACUGCAAAAAUCAUUAGUUGGACUUUCCCGACUUGGUUUUGAUCAUCUUGCAACUCGUUUACUUUUCAAAUAUUACCAUACUCGCAUCACAUCUGGUGUAAACAAUUUGCAAUCUUCAGCAAGAUUUCUACCUGGGAUUCACAUUCAUGAUCUAGCAAAAUACGUAUUUUCCAUGAUGUAUCAAGCAGCAAGGAGUUUUGUUAUGCUACAUGGAGAAGCUUCAACUUAUGAUUCAGAACUUAUGAAAUGGGCAUGCGAGGAAACAGAAGCUUUUGCUUCUUGCUUCAAUACACAUGUUAGAUUGAUUUCACAUACUGGUGACGGGUUGUCAAUGGUGGUCAACUCUUUACAUUCUGCCAUGUCAUAUUGCUCUAUGUUAGAAAGCCAAAAGUUAGUGUUACAACCAUGUUUGAUCGAACACAUCCUUCCUUGUAUAGAAGGUUUUUUGAAGACUCAUUUUGAUCAUUUCAAGAAAGUCAUCAGCAUCUUCACAUCUAAUGAUGAUUGGGUUAUGGGAAGAUAUCUGGUAUCAGGAAUGUUGACAGAAGACGACUCUUCAUUGGCUGAGUAUUGCUUACUCACCAACAGUGGCAGAAAGUUCAUGUCACUGCUACAGACAGCUAUCGAAGAUGUUUCAUCUUUGGUUUCUAUUUUGGGAAGUUCAAUUCUUGAAGAGCUCAUGAACUUGUUUACAGAGUAUGUUUUCCUCCUUCAAACAGCACUCACCCAUGAAACAAACCAUGUUGUAUCAAGAAUCCAAAAGGCAGAAUCAUUGUCACAAAAAGUUUCAGUAUUUGCCAAUUUAUCAACACUCGAGGAAUUCUUCUUCAUUGUGAUCAGAAACUUAUUCACAAACGCAAACGAUUUAAAGAUUGUAAUUGAAAGUCACAUGGAAUCAGUUGCAGGCACUUUCAAUAGACUGAGAACUGAAUUUUGUAAGCAGUUUAUACAUGACAUAAUGUCUAAUGAAGCUUCUUGCAUUAGGGAGCAUAGUGAUAUCAAGUUGUUGCAUGAUCUAAUGCCUUCUCUUCCUUAUCAGAUAUUGUUUCUGGAACUAAGGAAAGUAGAAGAACUUGCUGAAGAGAAUGUGGUUGAAUUUGAUUGGUUGGUGAGGUUACUGAUAGAGCUCAUUGAAGCCACAUUCGAUUGGAUUUCCAGAAAUCAUGAAAUCUGGAUGACUAACAAGGAGGAUACAACUGUUGAUGAAUCUGAUAGAUUAACUCAGUUUGCGAUUGACAUGCAAUUUGUGGUUGAAAUCGCAAGGCGUGGAGGAUACUUAACCACAAAUAUGAUGAAUUCUUCAAAAGAUGGUGUAUUAGAGAUGGAAUCAGCCAUUGUUUCUGGUGGAUUUGAUAUAAACAGAUACGUGGUUGAUUAUGAGAAGGUAGCCAAGUCUGCCAUGGAAGCUAUCGAAGAGCUUGAAGCACUUGAAGAAGAAAAAUGGAAGUCGGAUGAAGGGAGUGAAGAAUACCAAUCAUAUUUUUCAAGCGACUCGAUUGAAGAUGAUGAUGAUGAUGAUGACAAUGAAAGGUUUAAAGAAGUUUACUUGGAACCUCAACCAACAGAGAUGUCAGAUGAUGUUUGUGUUGAAGAGGAGGAGGGUGUUAGUGUUGUGAAUGUGGAGAUAAAAGAGGUUGUUAGUUUAACAACUUCUGAUGAGUUGUUGCAGCUCAAGAAGAUAAGAAGGGUUAGCAAAGUGGUUCUUCAAAACCAAGAAUGAAGACUCCAAUUUAGCAAAAACUUAACACAAGUUUCGUAGUAUUAAUAUUAACAUAUAAAUAUAAUCAUAUAUGUUCAAAGGAAAACCAACCAUGUGCGAAAUGAAAACUCUAUUCCAAAUGUGAGGAAUUUGUCAAAAAUUGAAUAUUAUUUUUUUUGCAAUAAAAUGAAUAUUUUCGUAUG